UGAUAAGGUACCUGGUAUAUGGUCUGUGCCUCAGGGACAAGGGGAUGCAACCCCAACUGCGUCAGCUUCCAGAUUGGUCAUCAGUCAGCUGUUGCUGUGCCAGCUCCAAAGUAACCAGUCAUAGUCGACCUUCAAUGCCUUCAAUGCUACAUUCCCCGAGUUGAAAGGGUUGGUCUAGGUAUUUCAUCUUCAUAUCAUCGCUUUUUAUUGCUUCAACAACAUUUCAUCAACCCAGCAGGACUGUCGAUAAGCACGGAUCCGCAACCAUGAAGGCGUCUCUUAUUGGAUUUCUCCUGCCUGCGGCAGCGAGUGCUCGUUUCAUCGAAGCGAGCGAGGCCAACCGCUUUCUCCCUACCGUAGAUGCACUUCUAGAAGAAGUGGAAGCUCCGGAGCGAUAUCUUAUCGAGCUGUCUCCUGGAAAGACAGCAUGGGUAACUGAGGAUGAGAAAUGGCAGCUUCGUCGUGAAGGACUACGGUUCAUGGACAUCACAGACAACAUCGACCUCGCCGAGUUACGUGUUACCCCCCAAGAAUCACCCGUAUUCCCCGAGAAGGUCCAGCUCCAAUCCGAAAUCCAUCCGCUGUUGAAGGACUUAUCCAAGGACUUGCUCCAAGAACACCUCGAAAAGUUUUCGAGCUUCCAUACCCGAUACUACAAAUCAGAUUAUGGCCGUCAGUCUUCUGAGUGGCUAUUGAAGACAGUCCAAGACACAAUUAAGGAGGCUGGUGCUGAUAAAUACGGGGUUAAUGCCAAGCACUUCGAGCACUCCUGGGGCCAGAACUCGAUUAUCGCAACGAUUCCUGGUAAGUCGAACGCAACAGUCGUUAUCGGUGCUCACCAGGAUUCCAUCAACCUCUGGUUCCCCUCUAUGCUUCCGGCCCCUGGUGCCGAUGAUGAUGGAAGUGGUACCGUCACGAUCCUCGAGGCUUUCCGCGUUCUUCUAUCUUCGAAAGACGUAAUUGAAGGAGAUGCCCCGAACACGAUCGAGUUCCACUGGUACAGUGCUGAGGAAGGCGGCCUCCUUGGAAGCCAGGCCGUCUUCGCGGACUACGCCAAGAAGAGCCGCGACGUCAAGGCUAUGCUGCAGCAAGACAUGACUGGAUACGUCCAGGGAACUCUUGACGCAGGAAAGCCCGAGAGUGUGGGUGUUAUCACCGACUUCGUCGACCCUGGCUUGACAGCUUUCAUCAAGAAGGUUAUUGAGGAGUACUGCGAAGUCCCCUGGGUUGAGACUAAGUGUGGAUAUGCUUGCUCGGACCACGCAUCUGCUUCCAAGGCUGGUUACCCUUCUGCUUUUGUUAUCGAGUCGACCUUCCCCGAGUCCAACCAGCACAUUCACAACACGGAUGACGUGAUUAAGUAUCUCUCUUUCGACCACAUGCUCCAACAUGCGAGGAUGACUCUUGCGCUUGUCUACGAGUUGGGUUUCACCGAUUUUGAGAAAUUGAAGUCGGAGAACGAGAUGGGAGAGUUGUAAGAAUGAGGGUUUAUUAACUAGGCUUUUAUCAAUGAAUUCGAUUGAUUGUCGAAUGCAUACGUGGGUUAAUGGCGUUUGAAUACCUACAUGGGUAGUAAACAUUUUGGUUAGAACCAUAGCGAAUAUUUUCUUGUACGAGGGUAUUGGAUUAGCACAUGCAAUUUACUAUACUAGAAUGAGUAGAAAUCUAGAUUUAAUUCCAUGGUUGUUCCCGUA